AUGGUGCCGCUUCCUCUCUUCAAGCUUGCGUCGCUCUUUGUGCGACACGUCUCCAAAUAUGGCGCGAAUCGGAUCAAGGCGCAGGCCCACGACCACCCUCGAUUCCGAGCCUUUGCGGCGAAGCACGGACAGUCCAUCCACCAGCUCAACAUGAGACUCUCUGUAGCUCUCCUCCGAGAUGUCGAAGCGGAGCGGCGAGCCAAGGAGCGGGCCGAGGCACCGACGGUCAAGACGGAGGAGCAGCAGAAACGCGACGAGGCAUUGGAAGAGAAGGCAAGAUCGAAGCCUGCGGCAACGAGCCAGCGAGGGUUUGCAUUCCAUAACGUAUGGAAACGCAAGUUUCGUCCGUUGCCCGAGGCGAAGGCCGUCGACUUGUUCGCCGACGUCAUCGGCGACGCCUUCAUCCUCGGAGUCGCCGGAGCGCUGAUUAUUUACGAGACAUACAAGGCGUCGCGGAAACCGGAUGCGAACAAGGAGCAGAUAGACGAUUUGAUACGGCAGCUCGAAGAGAUGAAGAGCAGAGAGGACGAACUAGCGGACGCGGAAGAGAGGCAACGGCGGCGGCUCGAGACUCUUGAGCAGCUGCUCGGCGGGUUGAAAGAUCCAAAGACGAAACAACCGCUCCUACCGACAUUGCAGGCGACGUGA